AUCUGAGUCGAGGAUUGAAUUGAUCAGUCCUAUGAUUACUACGCUAUUGUAGACUACAUUACAAACUUUACAUUAUAAACAACGAGGGUGUUUUAUAUUUUGGUUAACUAAAUAUACUAAUUGAGAUUUACAAAACAAAUUUACCAUGAAUUUCAAUCCCGACUAUUACAACGAGUUUACCGAUUCAUUACUUCCGGCUAAUAAACUAAUUGAUAAAUUGCAAUAUUUUUGCGAUCAUAAUAACAAUGGAAAUAUGAGCAUAAUAUUGGACAUCGGAUGCGGGACGGGAUCGACAACUAAACUGCUAACGGGUCUUAACUGCGAGCGCAUAAUCGGCUGCGAUAUCGACCCCAAAAUGAUUGGUUUCGCUCAACAACACAACAAAACGCCGCAAAUUGAUUACUUGGUCCAGGAUUUUGGUCUCCCGUGGCAUCAAUUGGACGAUCGACUCCGACGACUGGCCGGCAGAGUGUCGGCCGUAUUCACCAACUAUGCCAUGGCUUGGAUUUGGGACAAACAGAGCGCCGCCCAGAACAUUGCCAAACUUCUGGCGCCGGGCGGUCUGUUUGUGGCUAAUAUCCUAUACGACGGCGAUAUCGCUCAGUGUCUGCCAAAACCGGAGCGUCAGAAGUGCUACGAACUGAUCCCAUACCCGACUGAACACGACUUUAUAGGCGGUUGGAUAAUGUCGCUGAAAAAUGCCGGCCUCAGCAAAAUUGACAUCGAUUACUGGGAACCCACUAUUGUUAUGUCCGAACAGUUAUAUCUAAAUGAAUAUAUUGAAAUACCGAUGAAUUGGUUUAAACACUACUAUAAUAACGGCCGUAAUCAAGACGUGGAUAAUUUGCUCAAGAAAUUGAUUUAUGAUGAAAGAUGCAGACCUGUUGACCAACUGUCCACUGAUGGCCACAAACAGAUCGAGAUUAUCAAUAGUACAACUAGUAUUAGCGGAGAUAUCCUUAUCAUUAUUAUUAUGGUUGGCGCCCAAGCCGUCAAUCCUAAUGUAUUGCUGGCCAUUGGUCUGAAUGCAGAGACCGGUAUCGGUAGAGCCGUUGACCGUAUUGGCGGUCAGGGGUUCGGCGCUGACAUCAGUGGUGACGAGGAGUACGGCGCUGGCGGUGUUAGGGCCGCCGAUGACACCGCCGGUAGUGCCGUAAUCGUGCCGUACAAUUGA